AUGACUGUCGACUUGACCAACGUCUUCCAACAAAUCGACGGAGAUUAUGAAAAUCUCAAAGAAUUACUUCGGGAGGCCGUCGCAAUUCAAAGUGUCUCCGGGGACCCAUCGAAACGCGACGAGACGAUUCGUAUGGUUCAUUGGAUGAAGGAGAAGUUGGAAGCGAUUGGGACGGUUUGCGAACUCGCAGACUUGGGAACCCAAGAGUUGGAGGGAAAGACUGACAAGUUGCCACCUGUUUUAUUGGGAACACUCGGAACUGACAAGAAUAAGAAGACUCUUCUGGUUUAUGGACAUUUGGAUGUCCAACCUGCCGCCAAAUCCGAUGGAUGGGACACAGAACCAUUCGAGCUCGUCGAGAAAGACGGAAAACUGUUUGGACGUGGAUCUUCUGAUGACAAAGGACCCGUUCUUUGCUGGCUUCACGCUAUCCGCGCAGCACAGAAUAACAAUAUCGAGCUCCCAGUUAACGUGAAGUUCUGUUUCGAAGGAAUGGAAGAGUCAGGAUCCGUCGGUCUUCCAGAACUAUUGGAACGUGAGAAAAAUCGAUUUUUGGCUGGUGUCGACUUUGUUUGCAUUUCUGACAGUUACUGGCUUGGAACAAAGAAGCCAUGCUUAACCUAUGGACUUCGUGGUAUUUGCUCGUUCUUCGUUGAGGUCACUGGAAUCAAACAGGAUCUUCAUUCUGGAGUUUUCGGAGGAGUAAUCCAUGAACCAUUGCAAGAUUUGAUGUGGGUGAUGGCACAAUUGACAACUGUUGAUAAUCGAAUUAAGAUUCCAGGACUCUACGAUCAAGUCGCUCCACUCUCCGCAGCCGAAGAAAAGACUUACGAUGACAUCGAAUUCGACGUCGCUGAAUUCAGAGACAGCGUCGGAGCCGCCCAUCUCCCCACCGAAGACAAGAAGACGUUGUUGCUCCGUAGAUGGCGUGAGCCUUCUCUCGCUUUCCACGGGAUUGAAGGAGCCUUCUACGGACCUGGAGAGAAGACUGUCAUCCCAUCGAAAGUCAUCGGAAAGUUCUCGAUUCGUAUUGUGCCAGAUAUGGACCCAGAGGAAGUCAAUCGUCGUACAGUCGAAUAUCUCAACAAAGUUUGGGCGGAACGUGGAUCGCCGAACAUCUUCAAGCCACGUCCAGGUCACAGUGCAAAGCCAUGGGUUGUCGACGUCAAUGACUCGAACUUCUUGGCGGGAGCCCGCGCGAUGAAGAGAGUUCACGGAGUUGAGCCGGAUAGAAUUCGUGAGGGAUGCUCUAUUCCAAUCACAUUGACAUUCCAAGAGCUCACCGGAAAGAGUGUUCUUCUUUUGCCACUUGGCGCUGCUGAUGAUAUGGCUCACUCGCAGAAUGAGAAGAACAACAAAUGGAAUUAUGUGGAGGGAGUCAAGACGUUGUUGGCGUACAUCAUGGAGUUGGGAAGCGCAUAA